AUGAUGUAUGCAAAAAGAGAUUCAUGGGCUGAAUCAUGUCUUAGAGGAAAGUUUUUCAGUGGUAUGUGCACCAUUCAUUGCGUGGAGUCCAUGAACAAGUAUGUGAAAGAUUACUUGAGGAAGGGCAUGAAGUUGUUUGAAUGCAUUCCAACAAUUGAUAGGGCUAUGUUACGUCUUAGGAAUACCACGGCGAAUGAUAGUUUCAAGCAAAGUACUCAACACCAGUCCUUAAAACCGCAUUGA